GAAGAAUGGUUUCUUCCCUUGCUACGGAAAACCUCGUCCUCCUCCGUGGCUCAGAAUUGCUCCUGACAACAUGGCGAGUGUUAGCGUGGCUUCCCGACUCCUCUCUAAGAGGGUGUUAUCCAAAACAAAAGCGGUCCCUGCUGCUGCUGUACAGGGAUCCAGAAACUUUCACUUCUCCAUCUACGGCAAGAAGAAUGCCAAAGUAGCAGAUGAUAUCUCUACUCACUACCCAGUUGUGGAUCAUGAGUUUGAUGCUGUGGUGGUAGGCGCAGGAGGAGCCGGACUUAGGGCAGCUUUUGGCUUGUCCGAGGCUGGCUUCAACACGGCAUGUGUCACAAAACUGUUCCCCACCAGGUCUCACACUGUCGCUGCACAGGGUGGGAUCAAUGCAGCUCUGGGGAACAUGGAGGAGGAUGACUGGAGAUGGCAUUUCUAUGACACAGUAAAGGGAUCUGAUUGGCUGGGAGACCAGGACGCCAUCCACUACAUGACAGAGCAGGCACCUGCCGCCGUAGUGGAGCUGGAGAACUUUGGCAUGCCGUUCAGCCGCACUGAAGAUGGGAAGAUCUACCAGAGGGCUUUUGGUGGUCAGAGUCUCAAGUUUGGAAAAGGAGGCCAGGCCCAUCGCUGCUGCUGUGUGGCAGACAGGACGGGACACUCUCUACUGCACACGCUUUAUGGACGGUCCCUUCGUUACGACACCAGUUACUUUGUGGAGUACUUUGCCCUGGACCUGCUGAUGGAAAAUGGAGAGUGUAAAGGAGUGAUUGCUCUCUGCAUGGAGGACGGAUCUAUUCACCGCUUCAGAGCCCAGAAUACUGUCAUUGCCACUGGGGGUUAUGGAAGAACCUUUUUCAGCUGCACAUCUGCCCACACCAGUACAGGGGAUGGAAAUGCAAUGGUGACCAGAGCUGGUCUGCCCUGUCAGGAUUUGGAGUUUGUUCAGUUCCACCCCACAGGCAUCUACGGAGCUGGUUGUCUGAUCACGGAGGGUUGCCGGGGUGAGGGAGGGAUCCUGCUCAACAGUGAGGGGGAGCGCUUCAUGGAGCGCUACGCACCCAACGCCAAAGACCUGGCCUCCAGAGACGUGGUGUCGCGCUCCAUGACCAUUGAGAUCAGAGAGGGCAGGGGUGUUGGUCCAGAGAAGGACCACGUCUACCUGCAGCUUCACCACCUGCCUCCCCAGCAGCUGGCUAUGAGGCUGCCUGGUAUCUCUGAGACAGCCAUGAUCUUUGCUGGCGUGGACGUCACUAAAGAACCCAUCCCUGUCCUGCCCACCGUUCAUUACAACAUGGGGGGAAUACCCACAAACUACAAGGGACAGGUGAUAACCCACACCGAGGGAAAGGACAAGGUAGUUCCUGGGCUGUAUGCCUGCGGCGAGUCGGCUUGCGCCAGUGUCCACGGCGCUAACCGGCUGGGCGCUAACUCUCUGCUUGACCUGGUGGUGUUCGGCAGAGCAUGUGCCCUCACCAUCGCAGAGGAGCACAAACCUGGAGAGAAACUGUCCCCUCUGGCGCCCAGUGCAGGAGAGGAGUCUGUGGCCAACCUGGACAAGCUGAGGUUUGCCAACGGAAGCCAGAGAACCUCCGAGAUCCGGCUGAACAUGCAGAAGACCAUGCAGGCCCAUGCCGCAGUGUUCCGCACUGGCUCCGUUCUGAAGGAGGGAUGCGACAAGAUGGACGGCAUUUACCAGACCUUGGAUGACAUAAAGACCUUUGACCGAGGCAUUGUAUGGAACACAGACCUGGUGGAAAGUUUGGAGCUGCAGAAUCUGAUGCUGAACGCAGUCCAGACCAUCAACUCCGCUGAGCAGAGAAAGGAGAGCCGGGGGGCCCACGCCAGAGAGGACUUCAAGGACCGUAUGGAUGAGUACGACUACUCGAAGCCCCUGCAGGGUCAAGAGAAGGUGCCCUACGAGCAGCACUGGAGGAAACACACCUUGUCCUACGUCGACCCGAAGACUGGGAAGGUGACCUUGAAGUACCGCCCUGUUAUCGACCAGUCUUUGGACGAGCAGGAGUGUGCCGCCGUCCCUCCUGCCAUCCGCUCCUACUAAGAUCUCAUGGCCUCUCAACCCUUACAAGCGGUUUGCUCAUUAAUGUGCUAUUUAUAAAGAUGAUGAUGACAUUUGGGACAGCUUGUGGCUGCGAUUGUAUCCAUUUAAGAUGGCCAAUACAAAACUUUUUUGUCUUCAAACUGCA